ACUCCAAAACCUGAACAUGAACAGUAAAGCUGAACUCAGACAAAAUGAUGAGCUCCGCAUUGUUCUGGUUGGGAAGACUGGAGUUGGGAAGAGUGCAGUUGGAAACACCAUCCUGAGGAGAGAGGCUUUUGUGUCUAAGCUGUCCUCUUCCUCUGUGACAUCAGAAUGUGUAAAAGUCAGCAGGAAGGUGGAUAAGCAAUGGGUUGCUGUUAUCGACACUCCAGGUGUGUUUGACACUAAGUUAACAAGAGAGGAAGUAUUGAGAAAGAUCAAAUCUUGCAUCUCUCUCUCUGCUCCUGGUCCCCAUGUGUUCCUGAUAGUGCUCCAGAUGGGUCGAUUCACAAAAGAAGAGAAGGUCACAGUGGAGAUCAUCCAGACAAUCUUCGGAAAACAGGCAGCAAACUAUACAAUGGUGCUCUUCACUCAUGGAGAUCAGCUGGGGGAUAGAUCAAUUGAAGGCUAUAUGCGUGAGAGUCCAGAGCUACAGCGUUUGGUAGCCAAAUGUAAUAACAUGUAUCAUGUCUUCAACAACAAAGAUCAGAAUCCCUCUCAGGUCACUGAGCUGCUGAAGAAGAUAAACAAUAUGGUGGCGGUGAAUGGAGGAAGCAAUUACACCACUGAGAUGUUCCAGGAGGCUGAGAGAGCGAUUGAAGAGGAGAAGAACAGGAUCCUGACAGAGAAUAGAGUGGAGUUACGCAGUGAGAUAGCAGCACUACAUUCUCAAUAUACAGGAGAAGAAUUGGAGAGACAAAAAGCACACCUAAGGAAAGAACAUGAGAUAAAAGCUAGACAAAGAGCUGAGAUGAUAAACAGUUUCAUUAAAGGAACUGGAAUGGUCCAUGAUCUGAGACUGGUGUUGGUUGGUCUGGACAGAGUGGGGAAGAGUGCAGCAGGGAACACCAUUCUGGGCCGAGAGAUGUUUGAAUCUGGGGUCAGUUUCAGGUCUCUGACCCUGAAGAGUGAGAGCAGAGAAGUAGAGGUGUGUGGGAGGAGAGUGAUGGUGGUGGACACUCCAGGUCUGCUCAACAGUGACCUCUCUGAAGAGAAAACCCAAGGAGAAAUGGAGAGGGCUUUGUCUCUCUCUACACCAGGUCCCCAUGCCUUCCUACUGGUCAUUCAGCUGGGACGCUUCACAGAGCAAGAGAAGAGAGUGAUGGAGACACUGGAGAAGAUGUUAAGUCCCUCUGUGCAGCACAGUAUCACAGGCCAGGUGAUGUCCCUAAAGAUGAACACUCUGGCCAGCAACAAGGCUAACAUGCUCAGGGAGGUGCAGCUCAUGAACCGGCUGUGCCACCCCAAUAUACUGGGGUUCCUGGGAGUGUGUGUGCAUGAGGGCCAGCUCCAUGCUCUAACUGAGUACAUCAACGGGGGUAACCUGGAGCAGCUGCUGGACAGUGACAGGUAUCUGUCGUGGUCGGUGAGGAUGGGCCUGUCUCAGGACAUCGCCUGCGGGCUGCAGUACCUCCACAGCAAGGGCAUCUUCCACAGAGACCUCACCUCCAAGAACUGUCUGGUGCGCUGUGAGAAUGGUGUGUUCACUGCAGUAGUGGGAGACUUUGGUCUGGCAGAGAAGAUUCUAGACUACAGUCCCCCAGACUACAGUGACGGGGCUGAUAAGCAGCCUCUGGCCGUGGUGGGCUCCCCCUACUGGAUGGCCCCGGAGGUGCUGAGAGGGGAGGUCUAUGAUGAAAAGUUGGCUACAUUAAAAGAUGAUGAUGAUGAUGAUGAUCCUCUGUGUGUGCAGGACUUUGGACUAGACGUGGAUGCCUUUGAGAACCUGGUCGGUGACUGUCCAGCACCAUUCCUCAACCUUGCAGUCCUCUGCUGCAAUAUGAAUGCAAAGAUACGUCCCUCGUUCUCCGAGAUAGUGGUGUUGCUGGAGGGGAUGGAGAGAGGAGAGGAGGAGAGGAAGACGGUCAUCCCUCUGGGUGAUUAUCUCUCCUCAGAAAACCAUCACGGUCCACAUCAGCCCCUACCGACGACGGAGUUCCCCCUGUCGCCCCGGCGACCAACGGUUGUCACGGAGCCAGGGAAACUCUUCUUCCGUGGGUCCCCCCGACACUGCCAGUUCCUCCCCUGCACCCUAGAGCUGGGGCGAACCCUCGCCCUCCCCCGGGACCCCGACCUGCAGAGCUUGGGGAAAGAGGAGGAAAAGGUGGGGGUAGCAGAGGUGGAGGAUGAAAGGAGGAAGGAGAAUGGAGGGAUGGUGGAGGAUGAAAGGAGGAAGGAGAAGGGAGGGAUGGUGGAGGAUAAGAGGAGGAAGGAUUUUCUCUGGGGGAGCCUAUGGACUAUAGCAGCCUAA